AUGGAUGUGACAGGGACAGAUCCUCGAGCCCGAACGGGUCUUUUCCUUUGGCCAUGGGCAGCUACUGGGUACUCCAAUAUGAAUUCUUCAAACCCUAGUGGUACAAAUAUUCAGGCCACGCCACCGUUGGGUCUCUCAUCUCCAAGUACAGGGUCAUUUGAACAGGGUAUUCAAAUGCAACACCAGCAGCAAAAUCAGUCCCAACAACAGGACAGCUCAUUGGAAUCCUUCUACUCUCGUCUCCCCUAUUCAGCUGGUGGCGCAGUUCCAUCUUUACAGCAAAUGCAACAACACCAGAGGCAGCAGAGAGAAGCUGCAGUAGCUGCAGCUCAGGCAAUUUCCGAAAUGCAGGGUCAGCAGCAACAGGGUCUCCAACAGUCCAGUAGAAUGGGGCCGAUAUCAUCUCAGGCAUCACAAUCGCAGUCUCAAAUACCCACUCAACCCCCACCUCCCCCUCCUCCUCCUCCUCUACAAUUUGAUCAACGAUCUGCACAACUCAUGAAUGGAAGACAGGCUCAGGCAACAAUUAAUUCUGCGAGUUCUUCUCCCCUCAAUAAUGGUGCCUAUCACAAUCCCUCUCUCUCUCCCAACUCUCAAAAUCAACACCCACCUCAUCAACAGGCACAACAGCAACAGCAACAGCAACAGUUUCAAAGACACUACUCUUCAGCUGGGAGUCUUCAUAACGUCACUGGUGCGUCUCCGUUGGAUGGAAGGAUUUCUUCAAGUGCUUCACCAUCAGGUAGUUCAGCAGCACCUUCCUACUCACUGAAAAGAUCCUCGAAUGAUUUCAACUCUGCUACGGCUAUGGCAUUGGCUCUGCAAGCAGUAGCAAAGGGUGAUAGGCAAAUGCCUCCUCCCCCACCCUCCCUUUCAAUGCAUAAUUCAAGUACUUCGAAUCAACCCGUAGAUCACCUUCAAGGUGGAGAUAUGUUCUCUAUGAAUUCUACUAAUUACUUAUUCCAACCACCGAAUAUGUCGAAAGGGCCGGGUGGAAGCAGUGGGGGCGGUAUUCACAGUAGAAGUUCUUCAGAAGCUGCCGCUGCCCAGAUGGCAGCUGCAAUGGUUGCCAAUGAGAUGGGAAUGGAUCCUCGGUCGGCUGGAAGUGCUCAUCCGCUAAGUGGACUUCAUGCAGCGGGAGGAUUUCUGCCCGACUUUCUCACCUCCUCUUCUGCCUCUAUGGGAGAUACCAAAAUGGACCCUUCUGGUGGGGGAGUUGGACUUCGAGGACCUUUCGAUGGACCUCCGACAAUGUCCGGUGGACUUGGGAUGAUGGAGGGGCUCCCAGGGAUUUAUGGACAUGCCGCCAAGGGUUACAAAUGCAAGAUCUGUCAACAUUGUGCAGACGAAGAUCAGGUCUCUGAGAGAUACUGCUUUCUUACAACCUGUUACGCUCUCUCCAGUCUCUCCCGUUUAGUUUUCAGCCAAAAAAGGUGUCUAAUGUUUACUUUCUUCGAAUGCAGAUAA